AUGAGCGUCCAGAUCUGCUUGCCGGGCUUCGACAAGGAGGUCUAUGAGGCGGCACUGCGUCAGGAUCGGGCAGAUCUGCCGGUCUGCGGGAAGAUGCCAGUGGUGCCCGUCUGGGGCAACGUGGUCGCCACCAAAGGGACGGUCAACGACGGCCCGGCGCGGAAGGAGGUGGAGGCCUGGGACUUCCAGCUCCAAGAGACCAAGUGCCGCCUCGGGGUCCGCGAGGCCCCGCAGAUCCUCAGCUGCCUCGAAGGCAGCUGGCUGGUGCUGCUGGGCGCCUCCCAAAGCUCCGUGUGGCUGCAGCAGCUGGCGAACACCUUGGCCCCCAACGCCUUCAACGCCCUCCGGGACCAUUUCAUCACCGACGGAGUGUGGCUCCAGCUCAUGGACCUUGUGAUUGAGGACGGCCAGGUGGUGCACAAGCAGAUCGUGUACAACGGAGACAUGACGCAGCUGAACAACCACGGAGGCGCGCACAGCGCGGAGUUGGACGCCGUGGCGCUGCCCGGGGUCUAUGCGAACCUGGCGCUGGCGCCGCCCUUCAACGGGCGCCAGAUCCGCAUCACCAACCUGCUGGCGGAGUACUGGGACGAGGCCGAUCUGGGGCUCUUAGCCCUCGAGGGCUCCACGGAAGGCGGCUGGGAUCGGGCCCAGAUCUUCCCCGUGGUGGCGGUGGGCUUGUGGUACGGCUACUCCGUGGGCUGCACCCUGGGAUGGUGCAGCACCAGGCCGGAGAUCGCGGGCUUGGACACCGAGGCCAUGGUGGAGGUCUACCUGCAGGGCAUGCGCAGGACUGCCGACAUGUUGCAAGACUUCUGCGGACCCAACGGCCGUGCCAGCAAACACGGAUGCACCGUGAUGUCUGUGGAAUAUUGCAGCGAGUACUACAAGAACCCGGUGUACAACCAUUUGCAUCAAGCCAUCCGCAAGCACUUCCAGGAGUACACAUCCUCCCAGGUUCGGUACUUUGAUGUCUACAGCUUGACGGAGCAGGUGCCGGAGGACUGCAUCUACGGGCACAUGUCCCCGGCCUCCGCGGCCUUUGUCUUGCAGCUGCUCCUCAGUAGCGUGUGCCCCACGGACCAGGUGGCUGAAGGCAGCUUGGUGACCUUCAAAGGGAAGGCCUGCCGCUCGGAGCAGAUCCAGCCCAUGUGCCCGGGCAUGAGCUGCGGAAACUUCACCUACACCUGGGACUACGCGCUCUCGAAGAACUGCCAGCUGCUAGCGGCAAAGGACGAAAACCAGAAGUCCCCACUACCACAAGGAGGCGCUACCGCAGACGCCUGGAUGCUGCAGGUGGACGACAUAGCCUUGACUACCACGACGACCACGACGACUUUGUUCGAGGCCAAUGUCAGCAAUAGCACUGAGAGCAAUAUCAGCAACGCCACCACCACGAGACAGGCGGUGGUGGUGGUGGCAGAUGUGCAGCCAGACGAGGAAAAGGAGUACAAGAUCUUUGGCACGACUACCGCACCCAAAGGUGCCCAGGGCUUCGAAACCAGCGUCAUGAAGGACAACGUCUUCCUGGCGUGGUACAACAUGCUCAGCGCCCAGAAGGAGACCCCUACGUCUGCGAAUGGAUCUUGGUGCUGCUCUACCUGCUCACCGUCUUGCUCAUCGUUCGGCACGCCGCUUGGUUCUUCCAGGCGCUGCGACUGGACGAUCUUCUGGACUGGCUCUUUCCCAGCCUCAAGGUGA